AUGUCUAAAGAAAAAAUUUUUAAACAAACAGUUGUUAUUUUCACUAAUGAAACUUAUGGUGAUAUACCUUUAAUAACAAUAGGUAAUUUUAUGAAAAUGAUAUAUGAAAGUUUAAAAGAAAAAGGUAUUUUUGUUGCUGAUAAUGAAGAUGAUACUAUAGUAAUUAGGCCAAAUUUUAAUGAAUUAGAAAAUACAUUCAAAAAUAUGAAAACUAAUAAUAUUACAUUGGCAAUAUUUGUUUAUUUACCAAAUUUAAAUUAUUUUCGAGAUAUUGUUAAAAAAAUGGGAAAACAAUAUUUGAUUAUUACUAAAACGUUAAAAUAUCAUGAUAUUGUUAAAUUUGCUAAAACAAAAAGAAAAAUAAUUAUUCAAUCUUUUGUUUCAUCUAUUUUAAAUAAGAUAACUAAAAAUCCAUCAUAUUUUAUAUAA